AUGCCGUCUCCAAAACCAGACCCUUCGACAUCUCCUCUGGCGCCAGGAUCACCCAUCAAUGUUCUGACAACAGACAGUCCCAUCGAAGCUGAAGAAGCAAGGGCGGAAGAGGAGGACGAUGGAUACGACGAUGAUCAAGUCAGCAACAGCUCUACAUCAAUCAGCUCCAGUAUCCGAAACCAUACUUUCGAGGAUGGAAUUAGAUACCACAGGUUUCAUGAUGGUCAAUACGCCUUUCCAAACGAUGAGAAUGAGCAAAAUCGGGAUGACAUGAAGCAUGCAAUGACUUUGCUACUGUGCGGCCAGAGACUUCAUUUUGCGCCUAUUGGAGACAGUCCGCAAAGAAUCAUCGACCUAGGGACCGGGACUGGGAUCUGGGCGAUCGAAAUGGCAGAUACAUAUCCAUCAGCAGAAGUAGUCGGAAUUGAUCUGAGUCCUAUUCAACCUGCUUGGGUGCCACCGAACCUUCGAUUCCUCGUUGACGACCUUGAAGAUGAAUGGAUCUAUCCCGAAAACCAUUUCGACUAUAUCCAUGUUCGGCAUACUCUCCACUCUAUCAGGAAGCCAGCUGCGUUAAUGGAACGAGCGAUGAAACAUACCAAGCCCGGGGGGUGGGUCGAAUUCCAAGAACUCCACUACUACCCACACUGUGACGACGAGUCUCUCAAUCGACCAUAUGCGGUGCGUGAAUGGCUCGAAUAUGUGCGUGAUGGUGUUGCGAGUUUCGGAAGCGAUUUAAAUGGCGUGACGAAAUUGCGAGCGACGAUGGAAGCGGCUGGGUUCAUCAACAUCGAAGAACAAAUCUUGCGCUGCCCCAUUGGGACAUGGCCGAAGAAUAGGACGCUCAAACUUGCCGGCCUGUACUGGAGAACGGCGAUCUCUGAUGGUCUGAUGAGUGUUGCUAAGAGGCCGAUGGAGAAAGGACUUGGUUGGACUGUGCCAGAGAUUGAGGUGUUUCUUGUGGGUGUGAGGAAAGCGUUGCAUGACUCGUCGUUUCAUUCCUACAUGCCGCUGCAUAUGUUGUACGGCCAGAAGCCGCCGGAACCUAUCACAAGAACUGAUUUCCAUGAUGCCGCGACGGAAGCAUGA